AUGGACCAAAUAACAAUCUCCUCCUCUUCAGACUCCGACUCAAGCAUGUUCACCUCAACAACCCGCCAUCCCAUUACCUUCCCAAACCCAUCCAGACCCUCGAUGCCCACCUCCAACAACCCAGAGAAAAAGAGCACAACGCACCAAGCCCGCUCCACGAUCCACACCUCAAAUACAAUCCUCUCCUCCUCCGAACUUCUACUCCUACACAGUCUAGCAACCAACGAAUCCGUCCCGCGGACUCGGAGACGGUUUCAAGCACAGAUCCUUGAGCCGGAUGAUGUGGGUAGAGCUUGGGAUAUUUUCUGGGAUGAUCCAUCAUCGUCAUCAGCUAAAAGAAAUAUAUCCAGUAAUGAUAAAUCUGGAAUUAAGGGAGGAGGGGUGGGAGGCUUACAAGUUCCGACAAAUAGGUUUAUGAACGUCAUUGAUGUUGUUGAGACGGAUGACAAGAAUGGGUGGGAGAAAUUACGCGUUCAAAGCAAGAAGUCUGGGACGUCGUCGCCGAGGAAUAGGAAGACUUCUUCACCGGCAGGAGGGAGAAAAGGAGGGGGACAGCGGGUUGUUUCGGGGUCGAGAGAUGGAAUAAUGUAUCAUACUAUAAACCAGACAAACUAA